AUGCCGAACGAGACCCUACCAGCUACUCAUGCUCAUCACAUAAAUAACCAUCUAGUUCCAAUUCUGUCCGCGGUUUUGGCUCAAGCGGCUGUGCUGUUCUGUCAAAGGCGAAAGCCGAAUGAGUUUUUGAGUCUGAGGGAUGUGUUUGUACUUGCAGAUUGUGGCUGGACAAAUGCACCUCUAAUCUGGAAUUCAAUCCGAAGCCGACAAAAUAAUCGAGGUUCAAAAUUAGGCGUAAGUUUCUUACUUCCUGCAGCUUGCCUCAUCCUUAUCGGAGCUGUACAACAACCUCUAUACCAAAUUCUGGUAGGCGUGGGUAAAAUUUCCGUAACCACGUGCCACGAUAUCUUCUAUUGGCAUCCAGACAUUGAUGACGGCUGUCAUUUGUUCCCGCUGUAUGAAACAAUUGGAAUGGAUAGUGAGCCUGCAAAAAUGGCUCUCGUAAAGCAAUCGGCUCUCCGGUCCCGCGUGGCUUCGGAGCUGGCGUCAAUUUCUGUCGCCGAGCUACAGUCUUAUCUAUGCAGUGUCAACGCGACAUUUGACCCAUUUACUAACAUUAUUAACUUAUACUACAUGGAAUGGUCAUCACUAGACUAUUGGGUGUUUUCGCGCAACUCGAUCGAUGUCCUCGACUACUUCAGAGACCCCAUUCCGGACUUCUUUGUGGCUGGUCUUCCGGCGAAAACUACGACUGGAGUUCUUCGCGACCACAUAAUGAGGCUCAACUCCUCUGUAUCAUGCGAUGAUAUGGAUGCUGGCGAUUUCCCAUCACCAUGUCCUGGUGACCGACCUCUCUCCGUAUUCUGGGAGCGCUUCCUAGACACAGAAGUGCGUAUAUGCGUUCCCGGAGAUUAUACCUCUUUCCCGUGGUCACUUAGUCGCAGUCGCCAGGAACACACCGAAGAGAUGUAUAUCGCCAUCAAGGAUACAAGCAUCGGUCAAAAUGACGGCAACGCAGAUGAUCCGCCAUUCAAUACGAGCUCUACCUUCUUUUGCAAAGCAACAACAACAAGGGGCUAUUUCGAACUAGGUAAUAACUGGAAUAAUAACACAUACGGACCACUUCUCGAACACUGGCCUGAUCCAGCAGAGAUGGCGGAGAAUUUCAAUGAUUGGAAUGGUCCUAUACAAUGUUCAAACAAUGUACCCUCUGACACAGAUGCUUGUUUCAAUAUUAAUGAUCCGGCUUCAUACGACGUCGAUCCUUCGCAUACUAAGACCUGGAAAGUACCCGGCCCUUUAAUGACAAGUGCUCUCGCGCUGUUCGGAAAUGGCUCCUGGCUAAAUAUAGCAGCGGAGUAUAUGUCAAACUAUACAUAUAAUGGUACUUAUCAAAAUGGUGACUACUUAAACGAGGAUCUUACAUGGCCACUCUUCUGGCGCGGAAUGCCUUUGUCGAAUCUUUGGGCACCAAGUCCUGGUAUCGGGGAUCUUGUGUCCCUGUGCGACAAUCUUGAACAGCGCAUCUUUGACAACGUCAAACCGACGAACCAUGAUCUGUUCGAACUCACGGAGCAGUUGUUCGCCUUUUUCGCACCCGGCUUCAAUGGCGGCAAAGAUCAAACACCAAAUCAAUCACUAGACCAAAAACUAAACCAAACACUACAUCGUACUCAAGAUCUGCUAGAGGUCGUCAUGUUUGUCGCCAAUCGAGCCGUUCUGACCUUGUUUGCUACCGAUACCAAUUUGACUGGACGUUUCAUACGCACUUCGCCUGGUGUUGCCGUGCCAAGGCCUGUUCUAUCCAGAUCAAGCGUCAUCAUAAUGUCGGUUUUGAUAGAUCUGCAACUACUUGGUCUAGUAUACUUGACUUAUUACCUAUAUCGUAUCCCAUCAUGGUCAAAUCAACUGGAUGCUAUGGCCAUGGCCCGCAUCGGAGCAAGUUUGGAUCACCGAGGCGUACUUCCAGCCAUUGGCCCAGUGAGCAAGGAAGACCUCAUUACCGUACAGACUGUGGGAGGCUUGAUUAGAAUUUUCGAGAAGAGCCCGCGUCAGGACAGCUCGGCGAGCGAAUCUGUGCUGCCCGAGAUGGCUGCUGCAGAUGACUCCGCAGUCGAGUUACAACGACUCACUUCGUCCGAGGAGGGUCGCAAAAGCGUGGAAGAUGACACUACAAGUGUUAAACUUGAGCUGGGCGCGUCGGGUCCGAUCCUCACGGCCGAUUUGCCGGGCCACACGACGUUAUCAUUUGGUCUGAAGAAAGCUUGGAGCAAGGUGUUCGCUUCUUGGAAACAGCCAUCAGUGGAUGAUCUGCCACCACCACCACCUACGUCUCCUCGAAGCGAAACCUCCACUAACCUCCCCACUCUUACCCUGCUGCCUUCCCUCAGCUUCUCAACUCGCCAGGAUGAUGAUGGAAUGUCUUUCUCAGAAUAAAUCCAGGUUCUGCGGUAUAAUAAAGAGGUCACGUAGGAGGUAGAUAUCAGGGCUGUUUGGAGA